CGCAUCCUAUAAUCAACAACAGCCAAGAUUGAACAAACAGCUCAGACACAGCUCUCUCUCUCUCUCUCUAUACGAUAAACUUUUCUUUUUUAGUAAAUUUUGUUGUAACUUUCAAGACAAAAGGGUGUGGCACGAAACCCGGUAAGCCAACUCUGACUAUAUAAACGUUCUUGCUUUCAAGUGUACGUCUGUUCUCUCCUUUGUUUUUUUGUUCAUUUCACAAGCCCUAUCUGUUUGCUUUUGACUCUGCCCUUCAUCAGUAGUUGUAGAGUAAAAUGAGUGGCCUAGAUGCAGCCAGAGCAGAACUUGCCCUUGCAGUUUUGUACUUAAACAAAGCAGAGGCAAGGGACAAAAUAUGUAGGGCAAUACAAUAUGGUUCAAAAUUCCUGAGUAAUGGAGAGCCUGGCACUGCUCAAAAUGUUGACAAAACAACUAGCUUAGCAAGGAAAGUAUUCCGUCUUUUCAAGUUUAUAAAUGAUCUGCAUGGGCUUAUUAGUCCACCUGCCCCAGGAACCCCACUCCCACUCAUCUUGCUGGGAAAGUCAAAAAAUGCAUUGCUAUCGACUUUCUUGUUUCUGGAUCAAUUUGUGUGGCUUGGAAGGACAGGCAUUUACAAGAACAAAGAACGCACUGAGUUACUUGGCAGGAUCUCUCUCUUUUGUUGGAUGGGUUCCUCGAUCUGUACCACUUUAGUGGAGAUUGGUGAGCUCGGGAGACUUUCAGCAUCAAUGAAAAAGCUGGAGAAGGAACUCAAGAGUAGCGAAAAAUACAAGAACGAGCAAUACCGGAGUAAGCUUCAGAAGUCAAAUGAGAGGUCCCUAGCCCUGAUUAAAGCAGGCAUUGACAUAGUAGUUGCUGUUGGAUUACUCCAAUUGGCACCUAAGAAGGUCACUCCUCGUGUAACAGGAGCCUUUGGAUUUGUUAGCUCCUUGAUAUCAUGUUAUCAGUUGCUCCCAGCACCGCCCAAGGCCAAGACGCCGUGAAAGGCUCUAAUGCCGUUGAUGAAUUCUCAGCAUCACUAGAAUAAUUAUUUGUGAUAUGCAUACUGCUUAUGAAGUCUCAGCAGUUUGUCUACAUGUUGCAGUGAAAUAUUACCUUGUUUUCUGCAUAUUUCAUUUUGGUACAGAACUUUAAUAAUGAUAUGAUGCGUCUUAGAUUUUACUACA